AUGUCCUGCAAUACUAAAUGCUGGCCAAUUUUUAUGUCUGUGCUUCUGUUAAUUAUGAGCGUACUUAUUGCUCUGACCGAAGUAGCUAAUAUCCUGAUUGAUUUUUGGUAUACAAAUGUUUUCGGUGGGUUUUGGACAUCAAUAGUCAUUUUCCAUUAUGUAAUAGUAAUCCUAGUGCAUAAAUGCUCAAAGAAUGGAUGCUGUAAUUGCUGUCAUAGAUACUCAAUUUUUAGUUGUUUAUUAUCAGUGUUGAGUUUGGGUACACUGAUAGGUUUCGAUAUUGCAUUCAUUCUCAAUCCAUACAUCUGCAUAUUGACACCAACAUGCAGCUCACGUCCUCCAAUCACAUCCUACAAAUUUCUAAAUACAAUCUCUGCCUUUGCAAAUUACAGUACCUACGACAGUAAACGUUUGUUCCUUUACAUCCAAGUUGGCUGUGCUGGGUUUGCAUUCAUUCUAUCAUUUAUAAUGCUGCUAAUGCAAUGCUGUCCUUGUUGCAAAAAGAACAAGCCAAAGUCACAGCUUAAAACAACAACUGCUACAGAACAGAAUAAACCAUCUACAGUCGUAUCUCUACCACCUAUAAAGCCUGAUAAGAAUAAACAAGCAUAUCCUGCCAUUCCGCCAAAUAAUAACGUGCCGCAUGCAGCUUCGAACGAAGCACAAUGUCUCUCGCAACCACCGCCUUGAUCAAAUCAUUUAUUAGAAUUAAUACUCCGGCUAACAAGACAAACGUCAUAUUAUUAUCGAAAAUCUGAAAUAGUAUUCAGAGAAGAACAAGGACACGAAUACAAUCGAAGAGCGCGAAAUCUUACGAUGGGACUUGCUAACGGAAAACAAGUAUUUCCUGAAGGUGAUUGCAAAAAAGAUGAAGAGAUUACAGCUAUUGCUGCCCUGACAGAACAAAGAGUUGCGACUAAUAAUGGAGUUGUAUCACUUUUCUGGAUUGGAAGCGUACCGUCAUCUUACACUGAGAAAACUUUGGAAAACGAACUUAACGUCACUACUGCUUCAGUGACAUUUUCUUCUAUCAAUGAUGCACGUCAAACAAUUGAAACGUCGACAAACGAAACAGUGUUUAUUAUCAUAAAUUCUGUUUUUGACGAAAUUACCAAUGACUUUAUCACAGAACUGAAUAAACGACACCAAGUGGCGUAUAUUUACGUAAUCGAUUCAGAUGGCAAUCGCGCCAAACAGGCGUGUAAUAUGCUGAAUAGUGCCGGUAAGAUUAUCCAUUUUCUCAAAUUUGGAAAAGAAAUGAUGAACCAUAUUGGUAAAAAUAUUCGCAAUGCGAUGAAAAUGGCCAUUGACUUCAAUAUGUUCGACUCCAAAUCGCAAACGACGACACGUGAUCUCACCAGAAAUUCAGCUGCUUUCUUAUGGUUUCAAAUUCUGCUCAGUAUCUUGAAAGAUUUUGGUCAGGAUAGUCAUGCUCGAAUGGAAAUGAUCAAUAUGUGCCGUGCGUAUUGUGAGAAAAACGAUCCAAGCGAGUUGCCGAAUAUUGAACGAUAUCGACGAAAUGACGAGAAAAAGUCGGCUAUCUAUUGGUACACGUUUGAAUCAUUUCUUUACAAACUUUUAAACAAAGCGUUGAGGAAUGAGGAUGUUCAUUCAUUGUGUCGAUUUGGAUGCUUUAUCGUCGAGUUGUCCAAUGAAAUCGACGAUCUACAUAGAAAGCGGGAAGCGAGCGAACCUAAACUACCAUUGCAGCUGUUUCGCGGUCAGGUGAUUACUAAGCGUGAGCAUGAACAGAUAUUAAAAAGUAAGGAUAAACUGAUCUCAACGAAUAGUUUCUUCUCUACUUCGACCAAUCGAGACAAAGCUAUUGAAUUCGUUGAGGGAAACUCACACAGAGCCGGUCUUAUGCCAAUUUUAUUCAAAAUUACCGCUCCACCAAACUUGAAGCAAACCAAAUUUGCUGAUGUUCGGCAUAUAAGUGCACAUCCCGAGGAAGAAGAAGUUCUUUUCAAUUUAGGUGCAGUUUUCAAGAUAACUGGCGUCGAAGAGAAAUCAGGAUCUAACUCAUACGUCUUAGUGCGCAUGUCAGCGACUGAUGAAGGUUAUGAAAAUGUGGAAAAAUAUAUCGGAAUAUCGAAAGAUGACUUAGAAAGCGAUGACAAAAGAGUUAUGUUUGGUCGACUGUUAAUUGACAUGGGACAGUACAAAAAAUCCAAAGAUUAUUACGAUGAGUAUAUUGAUGUGAUGAAGAAUAUCUGGAGAGAUGACGCACUCCAAUACGCACCAUUGUAUCAUAACCAAGGGAGAGCACAUGCUUGUAUGGGGGAAUUUGAUAAAGCCUUUAUCCUUAUAAAACGCGCGCUCGAAAUUCGUCAGAAACACUUGAAGUUCAAUGACCCGUUGAUAGCUCAUACGUUGAACAGUUUAGGCGUUAUGGAAGGACAAAUGGGCCGUUACACCGACGCCAAAGCCAAAUUCAACGAGGCUCUCAACAUUUUUCAACAGAACCAAACGAACGACUCCAGUCGUAUAGCAAGCCUUCAGAUAGCAAUCACAAACAGUAAUAUUGGCUGGGUCGAAUAUCUGCAAGGCAAUUAUAAUAUUUCGGAGCAUCAUCAUAAAGAAGCUCUCAAAAUUCGAAAGAACCUCCUUCCCGAAGAUCAUCCUUUGAUUGCCGACAAUCUUAAUGCACUCGCUGCUGUGUACCAUGCUCGAGGUAAAUAUCUAGAUGCAGACAAAAAUUAUGAAAAAGCAUUGAGCAUUCGCGACAAAGCAUUGCCUUCUCAUCAUCCGUCCAUUGCCAACAGUUACCAAGCGCUUGGCAGUGUCAAGUUGGAGAACGGAGACUAUGCACAAGCAUUGAAAUAUUAUGAGAAAGCAGUUGGCAUAUUUGUCGAAGCUCUUGGAGCCAGUCACCUGCUAGUUGCUAGCUCUUAUAAGGCAAUUGGGAGUGUACAUUUAGAAAAAGGAAAUUAUCAAUCUGCACUUGCUUAUUUUGAUGAGAGUUUAAAAAUCUUGGCAAACAGCGUCUCAUCCGAUCAUCCAACGGUUGGCGAAUGCUAUCACUACAUUGGCAUGGUUCGUGAACGUCAAGGUGAUUAUCCUUCUGCCAUAGAACAGUAUAAAAAGGCAAUUGCUUGCAUUCAAAAAUGUGUACCGGUCGAUCAUCCGUCCAUCGCGAAAAUAUUCAAUUCAAUGGCAAACGCAUACCUACUUGAUAGGAGAUUUGACUCGUCGGAAAAGUAUCUCUCAAGAGCUCACACGAUACAGAAGAAAAUCUAUCCGGAUCAUCAUCCAGAUCUUGUUCUCACGUUGAAUAAUCUCGGUGUAUUGCACACGUAUAGAGAUGAUCCGGUUAAAGCUAAAUUCUAUUUCGAUCUUGCCCUUGUGAUGUGUCGACAAUGUUUCUCCCCAGUGCAUCCGGCUUUAGCUCGCACUUUGUACAACAUAGGCGAACACUACACUCACACAAAGAACUACGGCGAAGCUAUUAGAACAUAUAUCGAAGCACUUAAGAUCCGCGAGAAAACCGUACCUUCAAAUGAUCUUAGUCUUGCAGAUAUUAACUCACAAAUUGGAUACGUUUAUUGGAUUCAGAAGCAGUAUGUUGAGUCAUUCCAGCACUGGACGAUAAGCAAAGGUAUAUAUGAGAAGAAUGGCUAUACAGCUAACCAUCCAGAUUUGAAUCGUGUUACGAAGAACCUGAAAUUGGCAGCGGCAGCGACUGAAGCGUCGACUAACUAA